UGGGCCCAGACCGGAAUUUUGGCAUUUCAUCAGUAAGUAAAUUUAUUUUCAUAGUAAAUAUGUUAAGAAUGUUAUAAUAUUUUCCUCGUUUGUUAAUAACUAUGUUUUUUCAGCCGCUCUUAGAAAACAAGACAGUUCGUUCCAUACUACAAGGCGAAACGUAGAGAGGCAGGUGGCAGCCCAGAGAACGCGGCGUCGAUCGUAUGUGCGGCAGGACGAAAACAUUCAGCAAAUGCAGGGGGAGCUGUCUGAAGAAUCAAUUUCUAUUAAAAGAUUCCUCCAACGAGCAUCCUGGACUGUGAGUUCGUUAGCAGAACGACUUCUACGAACAUCUUUGGUGGCAGCUGUAAUGGACGAUGAAGUUACAGCUGAAGACGAAUUCCAAGAUGACACACCACCAGAACAUCUUCCUGACAUACUGUUUGAUGGAGAGGUUACCAUCACAGAUGAGACCACAAGCACAUCCAGCUUGGUGGAAGAGAGGACACCAAAUAUUGGAAGAAGAUAUCGGCAUCGUGAACCUCCAUAUCAGAGACCAAGAAACACGAAUGAAGAAGCUGGAAGUUCGUUUGAAUCAAUUUUAGAGGUGUCUCUUCAAGAAAAUGGAAUGGAUCAAGAAGUUUCAGAACGAGUUGAACAACCUUUAUCUGAAGUAACUACAAGGUUGUGCAUGAUUUGCAACAUCGGCGAGCCAACUAACAUCAUUGUCCCUUGUCACCAUCAAGGCUUGUGUGACGAGUGUGUGGCUGAGCUUAGGAGGAGAAUGACUUUACCACCUGAAGAAGACGAACUGGGGGCAUUGAAUAUAGAAUAUUCACUGUGCCCCUACUGCCGUACUCAAAUACACGACUUUUUACGAAUCCACAUUGUGUGAAACUGUAAAUAACGUAAAUUUUUUUUUUUCGUUUAGAUUUAACCACCAUUCUGUACAUCACUUACCCAAACAUAGUAUAUUUCUUGUAAAGUUCUUAACUGCCGUAAGUGUGUCUUAGGCCAGUUUUUUGAUUGAUACAACGGUAAAUAAUUAAUUUCAAUGGUGUUAAAUUAUGAGAUUAUUAAACAUUAUACAACUUACAAGUUUUAGAAUCAUUAGAAACUUAGGUAUUUGUUUAUAUGAGUUUCAGAAAACGGCACCUUAAGAUAAUAUAAGCUUCUUCUUAAAAUUUGAUUUAUUUAUUGACUUCUACAUUUUGCCGACGAAGAAACCAAACCCAGAAAUUAACAACAAAUAAAAAGCCCAUGGAAAAAUCCCAUCAUUUGACAAGA